AUGGCGUACAGUUACGAUAUCGAGGAGGUACCUCCGGACGAUGUUCCCUGCGUCGAGCAUGAUGUACGACGAGCUAAAAAGUUUCUACAGAAACACAGUCCAGAGUCAGGUGAUUGCCUAUACGACCACUUGACAGAAGUGUUGGCGAGGAUUCUGGCUGAAAAGCCAAAGAAUGCAGUGGACAUUUUUGAGGCGUAUAGCAGAAGGGUGAAAGAGGAAAGGUUUAAGACACAGGCCCAUCAUCUUCGAGACGUAUACGUGCCACCAGCGCAAUUCGAAGAGGCUAAAAAGAUCAUCAAACUCUUCAAGGGCGUCGAGGGACUCUACGAUGGAGACGAAGAGAAACUGGAGGAGGAGGAAGAGGAAGAAGGGGAAAGGAGGAAGAAAGUACCGAACAUGAUGGACCUGUUGUACUAUUUCGAACAGACGAACGUGGGAUUGCCUCGUAGAGAAAUGAUCUUGCUGAAUUUGUCCAUCAGAAGACUUUUGGCAGACAAGCCUAUAGAGAAUGUCAGAUUCUGGGGCAAAAUUCUUGGGAAUCCCAAAAAUUAUUACGUGGUCGAAGCAGAACUAGAACCGAAAGAGCUGGAUGAAAGAUUGGAGAAAAUUGCGGAAGAGGAGGCACAAAAGCGCGAGGAAGAGCUGGCCAGAGCGGAGGAGACGGCGAGAACCGCGGAAGAAGCGGCCGGAGCUGCCGGUGACAAGGAGACCGUCGAGGGAACCGAAGACGCGGAAGAAAAACAAGAGAGAGAGGAGGAGGAAGGCUUGAAGCUAGUUUUUCCGCCAUUGCCUACCCACUCCUGGACACCACCACCGGAAGUGCCAAUGGAGAAAGUAGGAAGUGGCGCGAACGCCAAGGUGUAUUUUGUAUGCAACGAGCCUGGGUUGGACAAGUGGAUCGAACUGCCGCCGGUUACGCCGCAGCAGAUAGUAAUUGCGCGACAGAUUGUCCGCUACUGCACCGGAAAUUUGGAAACAUCGUUGCACACGUUCCCGCCGUUUCCCGGGGUCGAAAAAAACUAUCUACGCGCGCAGAUAGCCAGGAUCAGCGCGACUACCCAGGUGUCACCCAUCGGCUUUUUCACCCUGGGUGCCGGAGACGAAGAGGAAGAACUGACGGAAGAAGUGGAAGAAGGCGGGGUAUUGUCUGAGAACGCUCACUACGAUCCACUGCCGAUCAAGAAUCUGAUAGAUCCUUCAAUGACGAACUGGUGUCACCACGCGCCGUACCUUUUGAAGCAAGGACGCAUCGCCUGGUGGAAUCCAAAGGCGGACGAAGAAGAGCUGGAGGAGGAAGAAGAGGAGGAGGAGGAGGAAGGGAGAGCCGUGGAAAAGGAGGUUGGCCCGCCGCUUUUGACGCCGAUAUCCGAAGACGCCAUCGCGGAUUCGAUAAUCCCGUGGACCGGAGUGCAGUCGACUCGCGUUCAGCCCGAUCAGGCGGUCGCGUUAAUUAGAUCGAACGUUUGGCCGGGGGCAUUCGCGUUCGCCAGCGGGAGGCGUUUCGCUAACAUCUACGUCGGCUGGGGCUACAAGUACAACGCGUACAAUUACAGCCCACCGUCCAUGCCACCUGUGCAGGACCAGUACAAGGUCGGCCCUGAAAUCAUGGAGAUUCAGGAUCCAACCUUCGAACAGGAAGAGGCCUGGAGGAUUGCGCAUUUGCCGCCACCUCCGGUCAUACCGAUGGGAGAAGAAGAAGAAGAAGGGGUCGAAGAAGAAGAGGAGGAGGAGGAAGAAGACGAGUGAUUUGAUUGUGUUAUUGAACAAGUAGUCUUGAUACUAACAUAAAUAUCCUUACUGAUUACUGUGCACCUCUUGAGAAGACUUUGUAUAAUUAAACUUUGAUGUUA